CUCCCCUUCUUCCGUCUUCUCUCCGUCUUCUGGUCGAUACAUCCAUAAGCCGUACCUUAGAAAAUGAUCCAGAAGCUGCUCUCGAGAACCUGCAACACGCACGGACAGGAUUCCUCGUACUUCUUGGGAUGGCAGGAGUACGAGAAGAACCCCUAUGAUCCCAUUGCUAACCCUACGGGGAUUAUUCAGAUGGGCCUGGCAGAGAACCAGCUCUGCUUUGAUCUGAUCGAGUCAUGGCUGGAGAAGAAUCCUGGCCCUGCCGGCUUCAAGGAAGAUAGUGCACUAAUCUUCCGGGAGCUUGCUCUCUUCCAAGACUACCAUGGCCUGCCUGCGUUCAAGAAUGCAUUGGUUAAAUAUAUGGGAGAAGUAAGAGGAAACAGAGUAAGGUUCUAUCCCAACAACCUGGUCCUCACUGCAGGCUCAACUUGCGCCAAUGAGAUCCUCAUGUUUUGCCUUGCCGAUCCUGGCGAAGCAUUCCUCCUACCUACCCCAUAUUAUCCAGGAUUCGACAGAGACCUCAAAUGGCGAACCGGAGCCGAGAUCGUCCCGGUGCACUGCUCCAGCUCCAACGGAUUCCGCAUCACUGCGGCGGCGCUGGAGGAGGCGUACCACCGGGCGCACAAGCGCGGCCUCGCCGUGAAAGGAGUUCUCGUCACCAACCCCUCCAAUCCACUGGGCACCGCCAUGACCCGGCGCGAGCUCGACGAGCUCGUCGACUUCGUUGUCGCCAAGGACAUUCACCUCGUCAGCGACGAGAUCUACGCGGGCACCAACUUCGCCGAGCCGGGGUUCGUGAGCGUCGCCGAGGUGGUCGCCGAUGGAAGGGCCGACGCAUGCCGCGGUCGCAUCCACAUAGUGUGUAGCCUCUCCAAGGACCUCGGGCUCCCGGGCUUCCGCGUCGGCGGGAUCUACUCCGACAACGAGGCGGUCGUGUCGGCCGCCACCAAGAUGUCGAGCUUCGGCCUCGUCUCCUCCCAAACGCAGUACCUCCUCGCUGCGCUGCUCUCCGACGAGGCGUUCACGGCGGAGUACGUGGCGGAGAACCGGAGGAGGCUGCGGGAGCGCCACGACGCGCUGGUGCGCGGCCUGCGAGGGAUUGGGAUCGAGUGCUUGGAGAGCGGCGCAGGGUUGUUCUGCUGGGUGGACAUGCGCCACCUGUUGAGCGCCGUCACGUUCGAGGGUGAAAUGGAGCUGUGGAAGAAGAUAGUGUACAAAGUCGGGCUCAACAUCUCUCCGGGCUCCUCCUGCCACUGCGACGAGCCCGGGUGGUUCCGCCUCUGCUUCGCCAACAUGUCGGAGGACACGCUCAGCCUCGCCUUGAGUCGGCUUCAGACCUUCGUGGGCUCCUGCCGCAACCGCCCACACUGCAGCGGUGGCGAUGGCCGCACGAGAAGGCAGUUUUUGGCUCGGUGGGUGCUCCGGUCAUCGCCGGCUUCCGACCGCAAGUCCGAACGCUAGACAGAGACGCUCAGAUCAUCAAUUGCAUGCGUAAUUAUCAAAUUCUUUAUAUUAAAUUAAUCUGUCUCUUAUUUAUUGGUUAUUAUUUUUUCCUCGGUGCACUUCCAUCGAUCUCAUUGAACAUUGGAAGUGACCAAGGUUGAUGCGUCAGAGUGUGAGUCUUUUGACUUCAAAGUUUUAGCUGAAGUUUAUGUCUCUCUCUUCCCGUCGUGCGUAGACAAAAGUAUUGUUUGUAAAAUGGGCGGGCAGCACUUGUGUUGUCCAAUCUGUAUUUUCCAGCUGGACUUCAAAUAAAGCAUUACUUAUGGUUAUA